GACCGUGAUGCAGAAGACGUGGCUACAAAAGAACUGCGGUCUGCCGAUGCACCGCGGAGGAAGUUACUUCAGACGUCCGGAGCUGGCGUUCCUUUCCCGCCCCUCAAGGUGUUGUCUAAGGGGAAGCCGUGCAUCCUGUUCCAGGCCAGGAAGUUGUCUCUGCGCUACGAGAGACAGAAGCAGGUGGACCUGACCGAGCGAGCGUUUUCUCCUCACAAGGCCGUGGACACGACUCAGUCUGUGUGCCGCCAGGACAAAGCCACGCUGGUCAUGACGUUUGGAGAUGUGGACGACUUGAAAGGCCUUUCCAUCAGUGGUGCGGCACCUCCUGACCGUGAUGCAGAAGACGUGGCUACAAAAGAACUGCAGUCUGCCGAUGCACCGCGGAGGAAGUUACUUCAGACGUCCGGAGCUGGCGUUCCUUUCCCGCCCCUCAAGGUGUUGUCUAACGGGAAGCCGUGCAUCCUGUUCCAGGCCAGGAAGUUGUCUCUGCGCUACGAGAGACAGAAGCAGGUGGACCUGACCGAGCGAGCGUUUUCUCCUCACAAGGCCGUGGACACGACUCAGUCUGUGUGCCGCCAGGACAAAGCCACGCUGGUCAUGAUGUUUGGAGAUGUGGACGACUUGAAAGGCCUUUCCAUCAGGCUGCAGCUGUCCAACACCUUCUACGAGGCGUCAGGCCGGUGGUGGUACUCCAUGGACAGCCUCUCCCUGCUCUACAACGUCUCCGAAGAGGCCGCGUUCAACGCCAGCGAGGUUUACGCUCCGUCCUCUUCCUCCUACCACUGCGUGCACGUCAGCAGCCUGGAGCGCCACAGCGGCCUGCUGCGGCCCGGCGGCGAGCGCGCCCGCCGCUGGACCGUCACCUUCACGGACUUCCAGAUUCAGGCGUUCAACGUGACCUCGGGGAGGUUCUCUGCGGCGAGCGACUGCACCACCUUCCUGACGCCGGCCAUCUUGAUGGGCCUGGUCACCUCGCUCAUCCUGCUGCUGGUGCUGGCCUACGCCCUGCACCUGCUCCUCCACCUCAAGCACAUCGAGCGCGACGACGACAGCAAGGCCGACGUCUACUUCCCGCAAGACCCGGAACAGUCCGAAGGCUGCUGUGUGGAAAGCCUAGCAGAUAAAGAUACUCCCUAAACAUUUGAAUGGGAGAGGCAGGAUACUACUUACCGUCUUUUCCAAACUAUACUAUUUUCCUAAGCUUUGAACCCUGCGGCUUAUACAAAGGUGCGGCUUAUCUGUGGAUUUUUCGUCGCUAACGGCUAAAUCACGGAAUUAAUUAAGCCAGGGGUCAGCAACCCAAAAUGUUGAAAGAGCCAUAUUGGACUAAAAAUACAAAAAAUAACUGGAGCCGCAAAAAUUAAGUCUUAUAUAAGUGUUAUAAUGAAGGCAACACAUGAUGUAAGUGUCUAUAUUAGCUAUAGUAGCCUACUAUCAAAAUGACUUUAAAAGUCUUAUAUAAGUGUUAUAAUGAAGGCAACACCUGAUGUAAGUGUCUGUAUUAGUUAUAUUAGCCUACUAUCAAAAUGACUUUAAAAGUCUUAUAUAAGUGUUAUAAUGAAGGCAACACAUGAUGUAAGUGUCUUUAUUAGUUAUAUUAGUCUACUAUCAAAAUGACUUUAAAAGCCUUAUAUAAGUGUUAUAAUGAAGGCAACACAUGAUGUAAGUGUCUAUAUUAGCCUACUAUCAAAAUGACUUUUAAAAAAGUCUUAUAUAAGUGUUAUAAUGAAGGCAACACAUGAUGUAAGUGUCUUUAUUAGCCUACUAUCAAAAUGACUUUAAAAGUCUUAUAUAAGUGUUAUAAUGAAGGCAACACAUGACGUAAGUGUCUAUAUUAGCCUACUAUCAAAAUGACUUUAAAAGUCUUAUAUAAGUGUUAUAAUGAAGACAACACAUGAUGUAAGUGUCUAUAUUAGUUAUAUUAGCCUACUAUUAAAAUGACUUUAAAAGUCUUAUAUAAGUGUUAUAAUGAAGGCAACACAUGAUGUAAGUGUCUUUAUUAGUUAUAUUAGUCUACUAUCAAAAUGACUUUAAAAGCCUUAUAUAAGUGUUAUAAUGAAGGCAACACAUGAUGUAAGUGUCUAUAUUAGCCUACUAUCAAAAUGACUUUUAAAAAAGUCUUAUAUAAGUGUUAUAAUGAAGGCAACACAUGAUGUAAGUGUCUUUAUUAGCCUACUAUCAAAAUGACUUUAAAAGUCUUAUAUAAGUGUUAUAAUGAAGGCAACACAUGAUGUAAGUGUCUAUAUUAGCCUACUAUCAAAAUGACUUUAAAAGUCUUAUAUAAGUGUUAUAAUGAAGACAACACAUGAUGUAAGUGUCUAUAUUAGUUAUAUUAGCCUACUAUUAAAAUGACUUUAAAAGUCUUAUAUAAGUGUUAUAAUGAAGGCAACACAUGAUGUAAGUGUCUUUAUUAGCCUACUAUCAAAAUGACUUUAAAAGUCUUAUAUAAGUGUUAUAAUGAACACAACACAUGAUGUAAGUGUCUAUAUUAGCCUACUAUCAAAAUGACUUUAAAAGCCUUAUAUAAGUGUUAUAAUGAAGGCAACACAUGAUGUAAGUGUCUAUAUUAGCCUACUAUCAAAACGACUUUAAAAGUUUUAUAUAAGUGUUACAAUGAAGGCAACACAUGAUGUAAGUGUCUAU